CGCUCGGUGAGGACCUCAGCGGCACACGCGGCCUCGACCCUCUCUCCUCUCUCUCUCUCCGUGUCUCUCGCCCCCGAGUUCUCGCGCCCUGACUCACCCGCUCCCGGCUCUGACGUCACUCAAGUUUUCAACGUGUUUCGGAGUGGAGCGAGCUGGAUUUCGGAACGCCGCUGAAUAGUCUUUUUGUCUUUGAGUUUAUCAGGUAUCUAAUCUGAAGAUCGUUUGGAGAUUGUGUUAUCCAGAGGGUGGUUAAGAUAAAAGAGGUGACGCUCAUUCAUUUUCGUUACCCGCGGUGGAGUGCAAACAAUUGAACGUGUCUUGACAAGUUUCACGUGUGGAAUUAACAACAAAAAGUGCUCUGUGAUAUCAGUGAGGUGAGAGGCGGACAGUUCGGUAAGACAUCAUUCAGACCCAAAAUCAAGAUCCCAUAAACUAGCAAAGGGGAAGGAAGAAAGCUUGACUGCCCUCGUGUGUUGUCCCGCCGUCAAAAUGGUCCACAAGAUCCUGUCCGAGCUGCUGCCCACAAAGAACUACAAGGUCCUCCGAGACUACGAAAACCUGCCAGAAAAGGUGUGGCUAUAUCCGGAGGAAGGAUGGGCGCGCGCCUCCUGCAACAGCCACUGGCUCCUCAAGACGCCCUGGUGGUCGCGCCGUCACUGCUACGUCCUCGAAGUGGAGGGAACCAAAAGGCACAAGACGGUGGCGCGCGUGAUGCCAGCGCGGGAGGGCGAGGUCGUCGUUGAGGGCACCUUCAGAGGCAUCCCUGACCCCGACUUCCGUUUGGUGUUGACCUCCAGCUUGACCCCUGCUGACCAGCGGCGAGGUUACCAUAUGACCGGGUCACUCGAGAGAGGAGACCGGAAGACGGGGCUCUGGCAGACGACCCACCUCGCUGUUACCAAACGCUCCGGCUUCUCCUGAAGGUGGAACGUCCGCCUCCUCUUCCCGGUGUUCCGUCACUGGCGGCCCUUCACUUCCGCCCGCGCCCACGCCCCAAAUAUUCCCCAGCUCUGACGGGGGAUCGGCUCGGAUCUCGCCCUCACCUGGGGCAAGACUGAGGACCACAAGUCAACCUGCAGGACGAAGCUGAACUCAUCGGCAGAGCUACACGAGGUCUUUCAGAAGACUUCGCUCUUGUAGGCUCGCUGUUGCUUUGAGUGUGUUUGACUUACCUCGUGAGAUUGGCAAUAUCCUCAUGAUAAUACUCUUGAUAUAAUGAUGGAUAUGUUGAAUGAGCACUUACUCCUAAUUGCUCCGUCUGUCGUCUGGAGAAACGCCAGUGACAGACGCAAGCAAA